CGCAGCUAUGAUGAGGGGAGUGCGCAGCAGGGAAUCAGCAGUAUGCCUUCGGCCAGGUGGCAGGGAGUGGCGACGAGGAAGGAGACGGAGCCUCAUGAGGAGAUGGACUCUGAUGGAGUCUUUCUUCCUCGAUCAGAAGUGCACGAAACGGAAAGCCACUUGAGAAAGCUCUUCCUUGCAUUCUCUUUCAUCGAGCAAAUUGACCAUUUCAUAAGCUUUUCGCUUCCAGGGAUUGGUAGUCUUACGUAUUGUCGCAUUCCAAAACGCCUGAAUUUCACACCGUUCAGAACUGGUGCAGGACUCUCUGCCCAGCUCGUUACAGCAACUUUCGAAAUUCAAAGAGGAUCCAUCUGAAUUGAUAAGUGCGGUACAUUGAGUAGCCAAUCAACGCCAUGUCGCUCCUCAACCGCCUGAUGGGGCGCGGCCCCCAGCCGGCGGAUCACACAGAAUCUGCUCAUGACUACCCAAGCGGCCAAGCACAUGUGAGCCAACCACGGAACGAGUCCCAGUUCAUGCAGAGUGGCCGGACAGGGUACCUUGGAGAGGAGCACAUGCGCACCUACGAGCUUCCAGCUGGGAUUGAGCAACAGGGCCUGGCGCAGACUGAGGGUGUGAAUAGCCCCUUCGAUGUCCAGCAGCAUGGUGUGCACAGCCAGCAUGUUGGAAGCAAGCCCGUGCAGGUGUUUGAUGCUGAUGAAACUAGAGGUGAAAGGAUUCAGGAGCCGCUGCGGGAGCGGACAACUAGAGAGGAGGGUCUCAGGGAGGGGGUUACCAGCCACCACAAUACUGGCAUUGGUGCAGACAAUGGGGCAGCAAUUGCCAUGGAGCAGCCAAGGUCUCCCCGGUCCCCACGAAAGGAGGGCAUGGGCACAAAGAUGAAGAAGAUGUUUAAGCCCCACAAGUACGAGCAGGAGCGAGAGGAGCGGUCCUCGGGAGAAUAUGUUGACGCGCAGGAUAUGGGGACAAGCGUUGCAAGGCACCCCCAGACAACUGAUGACACCACUGCCGGCCGCAUCUCUUCCUCCAUGCCUGCGCACUCCACCUCUGCCGGGGGGCUGUCCCCCAGGGGCAACUGGAACCCCACAGAAGGCUUCAACUUCCGCAAGUCCAGCACGCCACCCCAUGUGAGCGGCCGUCGCGAAGAGAAAGCCGCCAUUGCUGUUGCGAAGCACGAUGGGGGGCACGGCACAACCAGGAGUAACACCCCCCUGGAGACCUCUGGCUAUGAGGGGGGCGACUACGACAACUAUGGGGACAAUUCCCCUGUUAUGCAUGAUGUGCCCCAUUCCAGGCCGGGGCGGUAUGCUUCGGGCGAGCAAGGUGGUGCUUGGGGUGACCACAGGGCGUCGGAGGUCGGGUCCUUCAGGGGGUCGGGCAUGCACAGCCCUUCCAAAGAACGCCCCCCACGUGACUCCCAGAGGCCCACGUGGGUGGCCCCCGGAGCUGAACACGAUCCCGCAGUUGCUGCUGCUGCCGCUGCCGGGGGUGCUGCUGCUGCCAAGGCCGUCACCAGAAAUGAAAGGGGGGGCCACUUUUCGGGCAAUAGGGAGGGGGGUGUUUCAGUGGAGAGGGCCAGCUUGCAGGGUAGGACUGGAUCCCUCUCGUCUCAGGAGCGCGACAACUCCCGCUAUGGGCGUUCCACCUCUGCCCGGGAGACGGUCACCGAGCAGAGGACUUCCCAGUCCAGAGCCCCGAACCGUGCGAUGUCAGGGUCGGGUCUUACUAACCGGGCAGAGCCAACGGGGGAUAUCCGUGACUACUACCAGUCGCCAGCCGUGCACGUGCAACCGACGGAAAGGGCCAGCGAAGAAAGGAAGCUGGAAAGGGAGCCUUUUGGAUCCGGUCAGGAUAUCGGUUACGAUAACGAGGAGGAGGUAGGGCGGGAUCGGGAUGGCUUAACCCGGGGUCACGUUAACCAGAGGGUUGAGCACAUGAAGCUGAACGAUGUGGAAGGUCGUAAUGACAUGCCUCUGGGUUCUGCCACCCCGGGUAGGGAGUUUGGUCGGCACACCGGUGAGCAAGAGUUUGACUUCAACAACCAGGGUCUCUCCAACCAGGGUAUCACCAAUCAGGGUUACGGCGACCCGGGUUAUGUGAACCGCAGCCACGACUACGACUCGACAAUCGCGAAGUCGAGCAGCGCGCGGGGUUAUGAUAACCAGGAGGUCGGAGCAGGCUAUUCUAACAGAGAGUUCGCGAACCAGAACUCAAACAACCUAAGCGGCAAGUCCGUGAACUCACAGAGUUACGGUAACCAGGACGUAACCGACCCCCAAACUGGCGCCCAAAACUUCGGGGUCGGAGGCAGACUCGUGGCGGAGACGCCUUAUCAGCUGGGAGAGAGAAUCUCUGAUAGGGACUCGAACGUCCGCGGUUAUGAACGGACGGGUGAAAGGUCGCCGGCAGUGGAGGAGAGCUUUGGAGUCGGGGGGGCGACCACAGCCCGCACACCCUACGGCCUUGGCGAGAAAAUCUCGGACAAGUCCUGGAACGAGGAGCGUGCCCCUGGGGUCCACGGUGAAAACUUCGCCCACUCGGGUUAUGACAACCAGAAAGUGAUCUACCCCCAGACCGGCGCCCAGAACUUCGUGGGCGAAGACAGGAGCGAGGCGGAGACGCCUUACAGAGCGGGGAAGAGGAGCCGGAAUCAGAAUGAAGAGUCGCGCAUCCUGAACACAAAGCAGAGUGGUGCGCGGUCGUCGGCUGUGGAGCGGGAGCAGAGCUUCGGGGAGGGAGGGGCGACCACGACUCUCUCGCCGCAAAUGCUUGGGGAGAAGACUCCGGACAUGCGCUGGAACGAGGAGCGCUCCACUGGCCUGAACAAUGGCGGUGGGCACCACUCUCGACUGGAGGCUGGGGCGCUUGGCACAGGCGCCAUCGGCGCUGGUUCAAUGGCGGCGGACCACAUGCCCGGCAGGACUUCCUCCGAGUUCCAGCGCUCGACGGUCACGGGCGAGCCGAUCUUGGACCGCGAGAGCGAGAUUGCCAUGGGCCAAGGCCGCGCCGCCGAGGCGCCCCCCGCGGCCGCGGCAGCGGCCACCCAGCACGCCGCGACCGAGCAGAGCGACCUGGACUCCUCGUAUGUGAAGGAGAGCCCGGAGACAGCAACCGGGCAGAGUGGCAUGGGCAGUUUGCGUAUGAACGAGAGUGCCUCAGGGCUGGCGACGCAGGCCGAGAUGGGAGAGCCACCGAUGUCGCCCCGCUCGCAGCAGUACCUCCAGCACGGGGAGCCGGUCAAGUCCCCCAGCCUGCUGACGAGCGCUAAGUACGCCUUUGGGCGCGCUCAGAACAAGCUGACCAACACUCACCAUCACCUGACCGCGGGCGGCGGCACCAUCUCUUCGGUGACGGGCGUCGCGUUCGGCAAGCUGGACGUGGUCGCCAAGCGCAUGCUGCACGGCGGGGAGCACCUGUGGCGCGAGGCCUUCCACCCGCCGCCCGAGGAGCACCUCAGGAAGUCCUUCGCCUGCCUGCUGUCCACCGAGAGCGGCGCCGUGGCCGGUGUGCUGUACCUGAGCGAUCACAACCUGUGGUUCUGCUCCGACCGCGCUCUGCAGCGAGCGGUGAAGGCCUCCGAGGCGGAUGUCGCCUCCCCGCCCUCGUAUGAGCAGUAUCAGUACAAGGUCGUACUUCCCUUAGCGGAGGUGGCGCACAUCGAGAGCCGCGCGAACGGCCGCAGCGAGCGCGACAAGAGCAUCAAGGUGGAGAUGACGGGCAGCGAGCAGUUCUGGUUCUUCGGCUUCGUCACCUUCGAGAAGGCGCUGCUCAACCUGCAGCACGCGCGCGAGGUGCACGGCCUGCGCUCCGCGUCCAUGAAGGCGGGCGGGGCGUGAGCGGUUCAGGGGUUGUGGUUUAGGGUUUAGGGGUUGGGGUUUGGAGUUCGGUGUUCGGGGUUCGGGAGCUGGGUUUGGGAGCAUGGAGUCCGGGGGUUGGAGAUUCAGGAGUUUAGAUUUAAUGCGGAAAGGGGAGAUGUGGAUCGUUGGUUCGACGAAACACCGAGUUUGUGGCGGGAGAAUUCCUCGAAGUGUAGGAAGGGGAGGUCGAAGUUUCUUCAGGGCUGUGUUGAGAAGUAAGAUUAUCCACAGGUUACCCUUGAUGUACCUCAAAGGCCGCACCACUUUCGCGGAAUUGUAUAACGCGGAGCCCGCGGCGUAGCAUUAGUUGUAUGAUAGUCUUUGAUGGGUGCGAAGAAGUGGUUUGGGGACUUGGCAUUCCUUUCAGAAAAAGCACGCUGGUAGAGGUUUACUGAGGCGCGCAUAUGUUGGUAGGCUGCUUUCUGGUGGUAAGAGUUGCUCGAGCGCGCAGGCGUUGGAAGCUGUCUUCUCUUGAGACGAGAAACGAGACUUCUUUUAGAGAUGGUUGUCAUUAGACGGGUUUUUGUAAGGUGUUUUCUGAAGGCUGGGAACUUUGAAAGUUGGUGUGACUGGUAUACCAUUGUAUACAAUGUUAUACAAUGAAGACGUUGUAUCGCUAGGAUGUUAGCAGCGCAUAUAUCUAUACAGUAGUAGGAUCUUUUCAAUGUGAGGCUUCACAAAUCGAAGGACGGAUUCAGUUGUACAGUAACCAGUUGCCAUAAGACGUAACAAAUAUUUUUCGCUCUGAAUUCUUGUCAUCUAUCCUUCGACCGCUCAAUCAAAUCC